AUGCGGAUGACUUCCAAACAUCUCAGAGUUUUCAAAACAUCUUGGCAAGCUCCAGUUGGCUGGAAAUGGACUGGUCAUCGGAGGAGGGAUGGGCUAGGGGCAAACCUACACCUUAUUUUUGUAUCCAGCAAGCAUGACUUAACUAAACAUGCAGAGGUUACAAUAACUGAAAGUUCUGAAGAUGACUAUCAAUAUGAAGAGAUUCCCACAGAUGAAGAUUUUAGUCUUCUGGAAGGCGAUGAAGAUCUGGCAAAAGCUUUACACACAAUGCACGAACAGACUAUUGAUGCCCAAAUUAUGGCUCAACGGCCAGGCCAGAUCACUAAACAAUCUUUGUCUGAAACACCUGAAAUUGUAGAUGACUUUCUUUGCAAUUUUUUAAUCAGAAUGGGAAUGAACAGGACAUUAGACUGCUUUCAGACUGAAUGGUAUGAAUUGAUGCAGAGAGGUGUGCUUGAACCUAAAGAUGUUGGAUUUGUUCCAGAUGCCUAUACUUGCAAUCAGCAUUUGGAGAGGGAAAAUAUAAGUUUGAAGAAAGAAAUGGAGAACUAUAAAUUUGCAGCUAAUAAAGCUAAAGAUGCACUGCUAAAAAUGCAAAGAGAGCGUGACUUCCAUAGAAUGCAUCAUAAAAGAGUAGUCCAGGAAAAGAACAGACUUAUUAAUGACAUUAAAAGGCUAAAGACACACUAUGCAUUGUAUGAGCCUAUGUUAAGACAACUGAAUGAAAAGUAUGAGGUUCUACUAAGAGAGAAAAUGCUUACAAGUUUGGAACGAGACAGAGUUGUUGGGCAGAUUACUGGCUUGCAAGCGACUUUACAAAGCUUGGAAUCUGGAAACAACAUUCACAUUCCAAUGAUGAAAGUGGGUCAUUGGUGUGAUAGAGAGGCUGGAUUAGAGGGACCUUCCCAAAGAGCACUUAGAGAAGCCAAGGAACAGAAAGUGCAUUCUGCCGUUAAUCCACAUGAUGCAGCCAAAGAUCCAGGAAAACAGAUGAGCAAGAAAUAUCCAAAGGAUUCAGAAUUUCCUGAAGGUAUCCAAGUAAAUCCAUACCUUGCUUGUGCAAAAAAAUGUGUGCGGCCAUUGAAGUCUGGAAUAUAUAAAUUGAGCAACACAUUGAAAGUACAUGAUUUGGCAGUGACCUGCUUGGCUUUACAUCCAAGAAAAGAUAUUGUUGUCACUGGAAGUGAUGAUCACUUAUGGAAAAUGUGGGCCUUUCCUAAUGGGAACAUUAUCCUGAAGGGUGAAGGUCACACAGAUUGGCUUUCUGGAUGCUGCUUUCAUCCAAGUGAACGAUGCAGGUAUACCUUGCGUGGCCACAAGGAUUCAGUAAACAGCAUCGAGUUCUUUCCUUUCUCCAAUAUUAUUCUCACCAGCUCUGCAGACAAGACUUUAUCUCUGUGGGAUGCCAGAACGGGACUUUGUGCUCAAACAUUCUAUGGUCACUUACAUUCCUGCAACCAUGCCACGUUCAACAUGAAGGGAGAUACAAUUGUUUCCUGUGAUUCUUAUGGUGUAUUGAAACUGUGGGAUGUUCGGAGGGGAGUCCCAAUGAUCUCCAUUGAUGCUGGUCCACACCCUGGCAAUCAGGUGGCUUUUGAUCCUUCCGGUCAUAUUGUAGCUGUUGCAAGCAAUGAUGGAACCGUUAAGACUUUGGAACUCAAAUCGGGACAUCUUGCCAGCUUAUUGGGCCAUGAAGAUAAAGUUCAGAGUGUAAUAUUUGAUCAUAUGGCAGAACAUUUAAUUUCAGGUGGUUCUGAUGGCACUAUUCGUAUUUGGAAUUGAGACCACUAUUUAGAGAAAUAUCAUAGCACUGAGGGUGGCUUAUAAUGCCCUCAUCUGAAAUAAACAUCUGAA